UUGCAAGUGAUGAAUCUGUAGGCAUCCAGCAUCUGUCAGGUAAUUAUUUGUGCACUUUCUGUCCAAAUGAUCCAUAACACCUCAUUCUCACCAGCAAGGACAUGAAACUACUGUGUAUCUUUUCCAUUAUUUGUCAGAAUUUUUCAGCUACUGCUUCAUCCCUAAUAUGUAGUUGACAUUACACUGAAUUAUCUGUGCAACUACAACAGUACAUUUUCCUGAGAAUUCAUCUUUCUAAGGAACCAGAUCAGUGUGUGUGUGUGUGUGUGUGUGUGUGUGUGUGUGCGCGUGUGUUGAUGUCUGACUGUCAUUCUUCUGAUUCUCAUGUCUCUUCCUGAAAGAAAACAGGAAGCAGGUUUCACUUGUUUUACAGAAGUGAAAGAAAUUUCAGAGCAGCUAUUCAACACAACAGUUCAGAGGAGGAAAUAGAAAUAUCUAGAAAUAUUGUUUGAGCUGUGAAAUGGUGAAAGAUGAUGGCAUCUGUUGAAGAACUGCUUCUGAAGUCGCUGGAGGAAUUGGUCAAAGAAGAUCUGAAGAAGUUUCAGUGGCACUUAAAGAAACAUGAGUGUAUAUCAACGUCUGAAAUGGAGGAUGCAGAUCGAUUAAAAACAGUGGAUAAGCUGGUGGCGUGUUUUGGACCAGAAGAAGCUGUGAAGAUCACGGUCGGCAUCCUGAAGAAUAUGGGCAUGAAUGACCUGGCUGUGCAGCUGGAGAAAAAACACAAGCAAGCUGAUAAAUUUCCAGUCCAAAUGAGAAGCAGUGCUCAGCCUGGAGCCAAUGUUGUUGAAGUGAAAGCUGAAACAGGUGCAAGUGUAAAUGCUCCUGUACUCACUGGAAGCACCUUCACUGGACCAGAAAACUUCAUGUACAGCUCACAUGCUGCAGGAAACGAUAAACACAAAUGCUCAGAGACAGCAGAGAAUAACAGAGAAAAACAAGGCUCUGCAGAGGACAGUAAAGCUACUCAUAAUGAUUACACAAAGGUCUUGAAGGACAAGUUAAAACAGCACUGUGAGCGGAUAUUGAUUGGUAAUUCACAGACGGGUCAUAAUAAAUACCUGGAUGAUAUUUACACUGACUUAUAUGUGGUGGAGAAUCAGACUGGAGGAAGAACGAAUGAACACGAGGUGAGACAGAUCGAAUCAAAUCACAACCGACUGACUGCCAAGGACAAGCCGAUCCAGUGUAAUGACAUGUUCAAAGACCAUAUGGGUCGACGAAACAGAAAAGUGCUGACAGUGGGGAUUGCAGGAGUGGGAAAAACUGUCUCUGUCAAGAAAUUCAUCCUUGACUGGGCUAAAGGAAAAGAAAAUCAAGAUAUAGACUUCAUUUUUCCACUCCCAUUCCGUGAACUGAAUUUGAUUAAAGAGGAGUACAGUCUUAUGGGAUUGCUUCACAGAUUCUGCUUUAGUGGCCUUAAAGAGCUGACAUCUCUUCCUGAAGAUGGCAAUAAGGUCAUGUUCAUCUUUGAUGGGCUGGAUGAAUGUCGCUUCACUUUGAGCUUUGAAGAGGGUGACUGUUUUACAGAUGUUAAUAGAAAAACAACAGUGAGUAAGAUAGUUACAACCCUAAUCAAGAAUCAUCUGGUUCCCUCUGCUCUCAUCUGGAUCACAUCCAGACCAGCAGCAGCCAGUCUGAUACCCCGAGAAUACAUUGAUCAGGUGACAGAGGUACGAGGAUUCAGUGAUGAGCAGAAAGAGAAGUACUUCAUCAAAAACAGCAGUCCUGAGGUUGCUGAGAACAUCAUCCGUUACAUCAGAAAAUUCAGAAGUCUGUACAUCAUGUGUCACAUCCCGGUCUUCUGCUGGAUCUCUCUCACUGUUCUUCAGCCUCUGCUGGUUGUGCUCGAGAGUGAAAUGACAAAAAAAACACUCACAGGGAUGUACACAAACUUUUUAAUUUCUCAGAAGCAACAGAUGAAAACAAAAUAUUGCAAGGAUCCUAAAACUAAACGUAGAGUCAUGUCUUUUGAUGAGAUUAUUCUGAAGCUUGGGAAACUGGCCUUUAAACAACUACAGAAAGGUAAUCUGAUUUUCUACAAAGAAGAUCUUGAGGAGUGUGGACUAGAUGUCAAUGAGGGGUCUGUGUACUCUGGGUUAUGUACCCGGAUGUUUCAGGAGGAAAAAUCUAUGUCAGAGAGAAAUGUUUAUAGCUUCAUACAUCUCAGCAUCCAGGAAUUACUUGCUGCUCUCUAUGUGUUUUUUAUUAACAAAAACAAGAAAGCAAACCCAUUUCUUAAAUCCUGGAAAAAACUGACAUGUAUCCUAUCCAAAAAGCCACUGUUUGAACUUCAUAAAGCUGUAGUCAAUGAGGCUUUACAAAGUGAGAAUGGACACCUGGACCUUUUCCUCCGAUUCCUCCUGGGUCUCUCACUGGAGUCCAAUCAGAGAGACCUGAAGGAACUACUGCCAGCACUGGAGCUCAGAACAGAGGACACCAAAGACACUGCUGACUAUAUCAAAGAGAAAAUAGAGAUGGAGGAAUCAACAGAGAGGACCAUCAAUCUGUUCCACUGUCUGAAUGAACUGAAUGAUGACUUUGUGGAGGAAAUCCAGAAGAAUCUGAGCUCUGGAAAACUUUCAGAGCAGAAUCUCUCCUCUGCUCAGUGGUCAGCUAUGGUGUUUGUGCUCCUCAUGUCAGAAGAGACUCAGGAGAAAUUUGAACUGCAGAAAUACAGAAGAUCUGAUGAAGCACUGAUGAGACUGCUGCUAGUCAUCAAAAACACCAGAAGAGCACUGCUACAGAGCUGUAAUCUCACUGCUCAGUCUUGUGACAGUUUGUCUUCAGCUCUACAGUCAUCAAACUCCUUUCUGAGAGAGCUGGACCUGAUUUAG